AUAAUAUUUGAAAUAUCACCACAGAGAGAGAGAGAGAGAGAUGCACUACCCAAGCUACACCUUAGAGAGGGAGAUCAGCAACUUCAUUAAGGUAUGGAUUUCAGUAGUUGUUUCUUUAUGCUACUGCUAUUUUUCAGCCAAGUUCAUCCCAAAAGGUAUGCCCAGGCUUUUCUCAAUCAUCCCUAUUGUCUCUCUCUUUUUUGCCCUUCCUCUCAAACUUCACUCCGCCAACCUUUGUGGCAGCACCGCCUUCAUCAUAGCCUGGCUUUCCAAUUUCAAACUCCUCCUUCUUGCCUUUGGCAAAGGCCCUCUCUCCGAGCCUUCUCUCUCUCUCCCCCAUUUCACUGCUAUUGCUUGUUUCCCUAUCAGGAUCCAACAAAACCCACCUCCGAAAUCCCAUGCAAAUCUAGAAAAUUCACUGACAUCUCAAAAUAGAGACAACCCAUAUCCAUUAGAUCAAGAUGGCCACCAUAGCCAAAACCCACCUCCAAAAGGUCAUAAUAGAGAAAAUCCAAAUCCCAGAAUCACACAAAAUGGAAACACAUCGAUUUGGAGUUAUGCUAUAAAGGUUGUUUUUCUAGCCUUGUUUUGGCCUUUUUACGAGUAUAGUGACCACAUACACCCGAAUGUCAUGUGGGUCAGUUACUGCUUCCACAUCUACUUCACGUUGGAAAUCUUACUAGCCACUGCUGCAGCCGCUGCUCAAGGCCUAUUCGGGCUAGAGCUUGAGCCGCAAUUCGACAAGCCGCACCUCUCGACCUCUGUCCAGAACUUCUGGGGCAGGAGAUGGAACCUCGUUGCAUCCCGAUCCCUGCGUUCCACCGUAUACGAGCCCACGCUAUGCAUAUGGGCACAGGUCAUAGGCCGGAAGUGGGCUUCGCUUCCGGCCGUCAUGUCCACGUUCGUAGUCUCGGCCCUGAUGCACGAGAUACUGUUCUACUAUAUGGGCCGGUUGUGGCCGACGUGGGAGGUCACACGAUUCUUUCUCCUCCACGGGGCGUGCGUGGUGGCGGAGAUUUGGAUCAAGAAGUUGGUUAAGGACAGGUGGCGGUUGCCUCGGUUGAUCUCAACGCCGAUGAGCGUCGGAUUUGUGAUGGUUACCGGGUUUUGGCUGUUUAUACCGCAGUUGUUGAGGUGCAAAAUUUACGUCAGAGCGUCCGAAGAGUAUGCGGUGUUGGGAGCGUGUGUGAAGGACAUUGUUGCUGGUGUUGUGAAGUCGAUCGUAUCAGUUUACAGUUUGAUUGGAAUGGGAAUUAAAGAUCUCCCCAUACCAGGAGUUCAAUAAUUAUUCCUCAAUUUCUUUUAAUUAUUUGGUGUUCUUGGGCUCCAUCAUGUGGUGCCCCAAACUUUUCUCUACCAUUGUGUUGUGGCUCAUGUACUUUAUGAUUGCUAGAGGGAUGACAUGCACACUGCGUAUGUGAAUGGCAGCACGGCAAACCCAGAAAUAGUGGAGCAGCACUUGUAGUGGCCUAGUGCGUGGGUGGUUUUUUAUUUUUGUUUGUUUACUGUUUUGUCCUUCCCAUGGUAGAUGGCUUGGAACAUUUGAAGCCUAAUAAGCUAGCUACUUCUUGAGGGACUAUUUUGGAAAUGAAAAAAUCCAUACAGCUUUAUAAUACCAAAUGGUGCUCUCCCUUUAUAAAUAGAAUAGAUGUCAGUGUGUUUUUUGUUUGCAGCGGUUAUGUUUGUCAUCUUUGUUUUAAGUUCAAUAUAUAUCUAGUUAUGAAUUUGGUAAUAAUCAGUCUUUGUAGCAUAU